UUAGCCAAGGCAGCUACAGCGGCGGCGGCGCAGGGGCUGGUACGCGCUGGGCGGCGAGAGCCUCAUGGCGGAGGAAGAGAGCGACCAAGAGGCCGAACGCCUCGGAGAAGAGCUCGUGGCCAUUGUGGAGUCACCGCUGGGCCCUGUGGGGCUUAGUUCUGCGGGCGACGGCAGAGGUGGCGCUGGCGGCGGCGGCGGCGGCGGCGGCAGCGGCGGGAUCAGCAGUCGGGAUUACUGCCGACGCUUCUGUCAGGUGGUUGAAGAUUAUGCUGGAAGAUGGCAGGUCCCUUUGCCACAGCUUCAGGUUCUUCAGACUGCACUUUGUUGUUUUACAUCAGCCAGUGCAUCAUUCCCAGAUGAAUGUGAGCACGUACAGUAUGUUUUGAGUAGCCUUGCUGUGAGUUUCUUUGAGUUGCUGCUGUUCUUUGGAAGAGAUGAGUUUUAUGAAGAGCCGUUAAAGGAUAUUCUUGGAUCAUUCCAGGAAUGCCAGAAUCACCUCCGCAGAUAUGGAAAUGUGAAUCUGGAACUGGUGACUCGAAUCAUUAGAGAUGGUGGCCCAUGGGAAGAUCCAGUGUUGCAAGCUGUUCUUAAAGCCCAGCCAGCAUCUCAGGAGAUAGUGAACAAAUAUUUGAGUUCUGAAAAUCCACUGUUCUUUGAACUACGUGCCAGAUACCUAAUCGCUUGUGAACGCAUACCCGAAGCAAUGGCUCUUAUUAAAUCUUGUAUAAAUCACCCAGAAAUCAGUAAAGACUUGUACUUCCAUCAAGCAUUCUUCACAUGUCUGUUUAUGUCACCUGUAGAAGAUCAGCUAUUCCAGGAGCAUUUAUUGAAAACUGAUUGUAAGAGUGGAAUUGAUAUCAUCUGUAAUACUGAGAAAGAAGGAAAGACUAUGUUAGCUUUGCAACUCUGUGAAUCUUUUCUUAUUCCACAGCUCCAGAAUGGGGACAUGUACUGUAUCUGGGAGUUGAUUUUCAUAUGGAGUAAACUACAGCUUAAAUCUAAUCCUUCAAAACAAGUUUUUGUAGAUCAAUGCUACCAGCUUUUAAGAACAGCAACUAAUGUGAAAGUCAUAUUUCCUUUCAUGAAAAUCAUUAAAGAUGAGGUUGAAGAAGAAGGCUUGCAAAUUUGUGUUGAAAUAUGUGGUUGUGCUCUACAACUAGACCUUCAUGACGAUCCCAAAACUAAAUGUCUGAUUUAUAAAACAAUUGCACAUUUUUUGCCAAAUGAUUUGGAGAUCCUCAGGAUUUGUGCACUCUCAAUAUUUUUUCUUGAGCGCUCCUUAGAAGCUUAUCAUACUGUUGAAGAGCUUUAUAAACGUCCAGAUGAAGAAUAUAAUGAAGGCACAAGUAGUGUUCAAAAUCGUGUUCGUUUUGAGUUACUUCCAAUUUUGAAAAAGGGAUUGUUUUUUGAUCCUGAAUUUUGGAACUUUGUAAUGAUUAAGAAAAACUGUGUAGCAUUACUGAGCGAUAAAUCAGCAGUUAGAUUUCUAAAUGAAAGUACACUGGAAAGUUCUACAGGUAAUCUAAAAAAGACAGUGGAACAGCAAGGUUUAGACGAAGGGCUUGACUCUCUUACAGAUCAGAGCACUGGAGAGACUGAUCCUGAUGAUGUGUCUGGAGUGCAACCUAAAGGUCAUUUUAAUACAAAGAAAACCCUUACAGGUCUUAGUACUUCCAAAGUAGAUCACAAUGUCCCGAGACAUCGGUGUAUGUUAUGUAACAAGGAAUUUCUAGGCGGUCACAUUGUAAGGCAUGCCCAGGCUCAUCAGAAAAAAGGCAGUUUUUCAUGUGUAAUAUGUGGUAGAAAAUUUAGAAAUAGAGGACUUAUGCAGAAGCAUUUAAAGAAUCAUGUUAAGAAAAUACAGAGACAGCAAAUUGUUGCAGCUCAACAGGAUGAUCAGGAAAUCACUAUUUUGGAAGAAAUAAAUUGUUCCAGUUCUUCCAUUUCAUUUGAAAAUGGAAAUUCUGAUAGUAAGGAUUUGGAAGUAGGGACUCUUACUGCUUCUAGUGAUGGAAACAAAGAAGUCAUUCCUGAGCACGUGGCUGAAUUCAUUGAAAUUCCUGUAAGUGUACCAGAAGAUGUUAUUGAAAACAUUAUUGAAAAUGGCAGUCCUGAUACUUCUUUAAAUAAUGUCUUGAAGCCUUUACCAGAAUGUGAGGAUGAUGAUGAGGAGGAAGAGGAUGAAGAAGGUGAUUAUGAAGAUGAUGAUUAUGACCUGAAUCAAGAAACCUCAGUACUUCAUAAAAUCAAUGGAACUGUGUGCCAUCCAAAAGAUAUAUAUGCCACAGAUCAAGAAGGAAACUUUAAGUGCCCUGCUCUUGGCUGUGUCAGGAUAUUUAAAAGAAUUGGAUUUCUAAAUAAACAUGCAAUGACUGUACAUCCAACUGAUUUAAAUGUGCGACAAACAGUAAUGAAGUGGAGCAAAGGAAAAUGCAAAUUUUGUCAAAGGCAAUUUGAAGACUCUCAGCAUUUUAUAGAUCACCUUAAUAGACACAGCUAUCCAAAUGUGUACUUUUGUUUGCAUUUUAAUUGCAACGAGUCAUUUAAGCUGCCAUUUCAGCUUGCCCAGCAUACAAAAAGUCACAGGAUAUUUCAAGCUCAGUGUAGUUUUCCAGAAUGCCAUGAGCUUUUUGAAGAUCUUCCUUUGCUAUAUGAACAUGAAGCUCAGCACUAUUUAAGUAAAACACCAGAAUCAUCUGCACAACCAAGAGAAACAAUUCUUUGGAAUGUUCAUUCAGACUCAAAUCCUAAUCAUCAGGAAAAAGACUCAUCUAGUAAUGAGAAACAAACUGUUAAUCUGCCAGUUUCUACUUGCAAAUCAAGGAAAGAUUCUACAGAACCAAAGACAUGUAUAGAAAGUAUGGAAAAGAAAACAGACAGUUUAGUUCAGAAUGGAAAUGAACAUUCUGAUGACACUGUUUCAAAUAUAAGCUUGAUAGACCAAAAGAUGCCUGACAUAGAGCCAAAUUCUGAAAAUAAUUGUAGUAGUAGUGAUUUAGUCAAUGGACACAGUGAAAUAGAGCAAACGCCUUUAGUUUCAUCAGAUCCUGCUUUGAAAAGUGAUACAGGUAGAAUCAGGACAGAAAAUGGUUCCGUUUUACCCAAUGCUGUACCACAAGAACACAGUACCUUGCCAGUAUCUCAGGCACCUUCCAAACCAAAUCAGACAAGUGAACAUACUUCAUAUGGCUUAAUUUUAACAAAACCGUAUGUCAGACCAUUGCCUCCCAGUUACCUUGAUGAACGGUAUCUUAGUAUGCCAAAACGCAGAAAAUUUCUGACUGAUAUAGUAGAUGCCUGUUCUGAUCAAGAUAAUGUUUAUAAAAAACCAGUGAAAAGAUUAAGAUGUGGCAAAUGCCUGACCACCUACUGUAAUGCAGAAGCACUUGAGGCUCACCUUGCACAAAAGAAAUGUCAGACACUCUUUGGAUUUGAGUCAGAUGAUGAAAGUAAGUCUUCUAUCUUCUCAGUAGAUAUAUCUGUAGAAAUAGAAAAUGCCAUAAAUGUAACUAUCAUAGAUCUUUAUGAGGUUAAACAAAAUUGACAUUUGUAUAGCACAGAUAGUAAAGCACUACCCCAUAAUCCAUACAGCCAUUAUGAGGUGAUAUUACUAUUCCUGUUUUAUAGAUCAAGUGAAAUUCACAAAUUAAUUUGCAUAGGUAUAGGCCUAUGAACUUGUGCAAGCCAGAACUUGAACACAGGUUUUCUAUAUUCUUUGAUCAUAUUCUUUCACUGUAUCAAAGGCUUUUCUUCAUUCUAAGUUUAAUGUAAUAAAAGUUCUUGAAACAAAGUAACUUCAAUGGAAAUGUUUUUUCAUCUGCAUGCCAGAAUAUAAAUCAAAUGAAGCUAAGUCUCUGUUACAAAAAUAGAAGUAAAAAGAGAACCAGAAAAUAAUUGAAAAACAAAAUGAGCAAAAGAAGAGCUUGCCUUUCUCCUAAUAUCAAUCUCCUUUGAAUGGCCGAGGGUAUAAAUUAAACAGGAAUCUGACUUAGAAUUCCACUUGAACAUCUAUAAAAUUUGAAUUAACAGAUGUGUUCUGUUUUACAGGUGCCUGAUAAAAAUGUUUCAGAAAAAUCUGUCGAUCAAGCAGUAGUGUGAAAAAAACACUAUAAGAAAACGCAUCAUCAGUUUGCUAUUUCUCUGAUGGCCUUAAUUUUAGAGCGGUCUCGGAUUACUAAAGACAAAGCACAUUUUCUAGAAUGAACUCACAGAGGAGAUGUGCUGGCUUAGACUCCAAAAGGGUUAUUAUAAAACUCCCAAAGUACCAGUUUUCCAGAAAACCACAUUUUUAAAAAGCUUAUGAUGAUUAAUAGCAGCAUGUUCAGUUUCGCUUAUGUGAGAAAUAUGUUCAGGAAACUAGUCAGAAAGAAAAACCAGCUAUGGCCUUACACAAAGGGAAAAGUGAACACAUUAAUAAAAAGGGGGAGUGGUUUACAAUAAUAAACAACUUAAAGCAUUUUAUUCUACAAGUUGGCUUUGUUUUCUUGUAAUGCAUAUUCAGAUUAUGUCCUUCCUUCUGGUCAAACAUGGUUUAAGGAACCAUUGAUUUUUGGUUUGUGAUCUGAUUUAGAAACUGACUCAUGAAAAUAAAACUUAUCACCAUGUUAUCUAUUAAAGAUUGUAACUUGUUUCCAGAUAAUUAACUAUGUCAAAGUUCAGUGAAUGAGUGGCAUGACAGCACUGAAAGUGAAAAAAACAAAGAAACAGUGCUUUGCCAAUAAGCUCUUGAUAGAACUUUCCACCCACAACUUUUAUAAUAUAGAUCAGUUAUAUUUAAAAGGAAACAGUGCCAAUUAAAUAGAAAAAGAACCAUCAGUAACUGGGGAGAGAUGGUAGGAAUCUAAGACAUUACAUGCUACGUAGUUGAAGAAAAACACUGAAUUGGAAAUUCUUCAAUGUGAAUAAUGGUAAAAGCACACUGGGAUAUUUCUGUUUGUAUAUAAUGUUAGGACAUUGCUUGGUAAUUCAUAGUAAGGUCCUUUAGACGUUAAUGUGAGUUAUCUAAGUAUAGUCCCAUAAAUAUAACUGGCUUAAAAUAUUUGUCAGCUAAGAAUCAGGUUGAGAAUUCAUUCAUUUUAUUCAAUUAAGAGAGGUAAUUCCCAAAUAAGCCAUACUACUGUUUUUUAUUCAUGAGUGAUAAAUUUGGUCUGAAUAGUAAUUUUUACAUAUAAAAGGAAGUUUUUACAUAAAAACUUGCACAGCAAGAAUACAAUAAGAGAUACAUUGAUGCAUUAUUUUCCUUGGUGACUAGUAAGAAAGAUUUUAAAAACAGACCUAUUAAUAAACCCAUGUCAACCAAAUAUUCCAGUUAUUCCAAAUGAGAAGUUUUUGAUCAAAGCAGAUAAUCUCAUCAGACCCUAUUAUCAAUAUGACAAUUUUAGAACUUCUUGAAUGAGGUUACUAGAAGUGGGACAUUUCUUCCAGGGCAGCACCCAGAUUUUAUUAAACUAAAAUUUCCAGGUCAUGAUAGAGCAAAGGAUCUAAAAAAUACUUCCCAAUUCUAUUAGUUUACUUAUUUUCAGCAUUCACUACUAUGCAAUGAUAGUCACAAGCCCAUUCCAAAUUUAAGUUUGUUUUUGUUCUGUUAUGUAGCCUACAUUAGGCUGUGGAACUUAUAUUUAGGUAACAGAUGACUGAACACAACUCAUAAUCAAGUUUUUAAAUCGUUUCUUUAAGGUCAACUAAAAAAAAAUGUUUUCCAUUUUUACUGAUACUAAAAAUGUAAUGAUUAAGUUUAUUUCAGUGCAUUCUAAAAGUGUGUCUUAUAAUAAAAAGCCUGUUUGGAAACUGAUUUAUUUGGACAAUGAAGUUUUUUGGAAAUAUAAUUUCUGCUUUGUACAUUUUCCAGAAGUUUAACAACUUAAUAUUUUAUAUUUUUAAUUUUUAUUUUUUACUAAGUUGUAACCAUUGACAUAAAUAAAUACAUGACCACAAACUGUUACAUUUUCAUUAGUUUGAAGAGUUCAUGUGAAGAUGUUUUUUAAACAUAUUCCACUUGUUGUUUUUUUUUUUUUUUGUCUUCAACUUGAGGUUUAUUUCUACUUUUGUGUUGCUAAGAGAAAACUUUCUGAAAGACUAAGAUCAAAUUGGUUUAGAUAUAACUAAAUCAAGGAAUGUUUUAUAAAAUUAUGUUUGGCCACACCGUUCUAACCUCUUCAUUUGUAUACUUCUCAAAUAAUGACUGUUGAAAGAAUGUACAUUUUAUUAUGUCUUUCUUCUAAAACAUAAACCUACAUCGGUUUGCUUUCAUAGGGUGCAUAAACUUCCAACAGUUCUAAUUUGAGAUUCAGAAGAAAAGGAAGCUUUCUUCUUAUUUCUCUGAUUUUUCUCCUUUUCUUUUCUUCUUUUCUACUCCUGUUUUGAGGAUGUGUUUAUCUUACAUGGACCAAGUUUCAAAUCUUUGUUUUUAAAUAAAAAUUUCCUUCAAAAAAUUAAAUAUUAACUUUCUGCUAUAUAUCAGUAAGGUCAAGAAAAUAGCAAAUCUGAAGUUUCGCUGCUCAGAUAUUAUGGAGGAAGUAGGAAUGGGGAAUUUCCGUGGACAAGGACACUGGUACUUUGGGCUUUAGCCAUAUUCAUUUUUUUAAAACCACCAAUUAUAUAAUGCAUAGAUAAUUUAUAUCAUUGAACUUGUGAUUCUUUUCAAAUCACACUGAAGGUUCAGCUGUACUCCUUCCAUGUUUGGUUUAAUACUGUUGUAUGGAUGAAAAACCUAAAAGGGAUGAUAGUGUUUAUUUUUUAAUUUAUUUGGUACUGUAAAACACCUUUUCAGAAUGAAUAAAUGCUGCAUAUGCAUUUUGGAAUUGUUAAUAUGUGAAAGAUAUUACAGAUUCAGCAAGAAAGAAAAUUUGUGCUUCCUUGUUGAACAUUAAAUUAUUUUACUUUGCAUUUUAUAAGAGUACAAAUUAAAACUGAGCCAUUGAACUGCAAUAAAUCAACAAUAGUGUCUCAUUUCAAGAAAUUUUUUGUACUGUACAUAGAUUUGUUCAAUAAAACAUUGUCCUUGUUGGUAA